UAGGUAACGGGAUCGAGUCUCGUGGUGCAGCAGCGUGUAGUGUGGUGGUAGUAGUGAUAGCGGCGGCGGCGGCGGCGGUGGCGGCGGCAGCAACGGCGGUGGCAACGGUGGCGGUGGAGUUGGUGAUGGUGGUAGUGGUGAAAGAAAAGGGCGGUAAAGCAUAGUAAAGCAUUCUGGCGCGCAUAGAACGUUAAAAAAAAUAUAAUAUCUAUCUCAAAAUCGUGACCAGACGGUAAUUUUCCAGUCUGUAUUAAAUUGUCGACGGAUUAGUAUGCGAAGACUCAGCAUGCGAACAAAACGCAGGAAGUCCGAGAGAAACAGUGAGAGCGAAACUGAAGAAAAUGGCGUCCAGUCACAGAAACGUAACGAUAUAUCCGAUAGCAUGAUUAAUGCCGAUGAAAAUCAUAAGAAGGAUAAGGAAAAGGAAUCCGACGAAAAUGAGGAUCAGAGUCCGCAAUUGAAUCGAAAGUCGAGCGGAAAAAAGCGUCUUUCUCGGGGGCGUCAAAGUGAAGAACAAAAAACAACGCCAAUAGCAAAUAACAAACAAACAUCGAAAUCGAAGAAACAACUGGAAGAUGCGGAUGAAAUGAAUAGCGUUGAGCAAGAAAAUGGUAAUGUAACAAGGCGGGGAGCAAACAAAAGACGUAAAAAGGACGAAGUGAAAACAGAUCAAAAGACAUCUCCUACGUCUAGCCGCGGUGCAGCAGCCGGUGAAGAAGAGUAUGAGGUCGAUAAGAUCGUUGGUCAUCGUACCAUCAAAGGCAGACGACAAUUUCUCGUAAGAUGGAAAGGAUACGGAGAGGAUUCAGAUACCUGGGAACAGGAAAAAGAUUUGAAUUGUCCUAAACUUAUCGAAGAUUUUCUAACGGAAGAUGCUGAAACUGAAGAAACAAUAUCAGAAAAAUCUGCUAAACCAAUUAAAAUCAAAUCACCAAAAACAGACAAGAAAAAAGAAAUGAAAAAAUCUAAACAUAAUAAAAGACAAUCCAAUUUAUCAGAAGAAGAGGAGAAUGAAUCUGAUAGUGCAAUUAAAAAUGACGAGAGUCAAAAGGAGUUCGAAGUUGAUAAAAUAAUAGAAGUACAUUUCAAAAAAAAUAAAAAGAAAGAAUUCCUUAUUCGUUGGAAAGGAUUUACUGCUGCAGAUGACACUUGGGAGCCAGAAGAAAAUUUAAAUUGUCCUGAUCUUAUAACUAAAUUUAUGGAAAAAGUAGAAAAGGCAAAAACUACAGAUAUGCGAGAACUAAGAACAAAUCCUACUCAUACAAAACGUUACACAUUAUCAACACAUGAUUCAGGCAGAAGACUCUCACGUCGACAUAUGGACAAACAAAGAGCUACGUAUCACGAGUGCUAUGAAUGAAGAAGUUAUAAAUUGAUUAAAAUUUUCUCACUAUUUUUGUUGUUUUCUUUUUUUUUUUCUUUUUUUUUUUUUUUUUCCAAGAAUUUAUAUAUCACCCAGAAAAAA